UCCUCUAAACAAUGUUGCAAGUUUGUGAAGGGCUUUUGCCUUAAUGCUUAUUCACUAGCCAAGUGCGUUCUGGCAAGUAAUUCAGUGUGCGGAUUGUAUACUCUCGCUCGCUUUCUCCGGAUCCACGUGAAGCAAACAGGAGAAGAACGGCAUAACGUCCUGCUACAGAUUUUUGAUCUUUAGGUUUACGAUGUCUGUGCUGUCUGCUUUAAUAUCUUCUGGAUGUUGGAUUAUUUACUAUAUAAACACGUUGCUAUUAUUUUAAAAUAGUUUUCCUUACAGUUUAUGUUCGAUAUUAAUAAAAGAUGUAGAGAGAAAACACCCAAUUUAAAAUCAAGUAUUUUUAUAAACGUUUAUAACAGGUCCAACAAGUUAUAGUGGAAUUUACGGAUUUUCCAUUUCUUAGGAAUUUUCGUUUUGCCUGUACGCUACAGAAAUCAGUCAUGAAUAUGUGAUAGUGGAAGACGAGUUUUACUGAUUGCGCCUUGUCUGGGGGAGAAUUGAAUGGUCUGACUCCAAAUAAUUCUCUGUUUUUAUGACUGUUAAUAUGGGGACUGGGAUCUGUUCCAGGAGGCAGAAGGGUCUCCUUCAAACAGGCUUCUGUCUGUUGGCAGUAGCUUGUUUUGCUGCCGGAGGAUUACUGUACAGUCAUUUGCAAGAAAAGAUGAAAAAUGCAGAGACACUCUCUUUUAAAUAUAAACAACAACAGGAUGCUCUGUCUGCCCAGUUGCAAGUUGUAUAUGAACAUAGAUCAAGACUAGAACGUUCUUUGCAAAAAGAGAGAAGUGAGCAUAAAAAGACAAAAGAAGAUUUCUUAGUAUACAAGUUAGAAGCCCAAGAAGCACUGAAUAAAGAAAAGCAAGACUCUAUGAACAGAUAUGGUGCACUUAGUUCACAGCACAAAAUACUUAAGAAUCAGCAUGAAGAUUUAAAGAAACAGUUGCAAGAUCUUCAGUCAGAACACAACAAUUUAAAACUGGAAAACAGAAGGAUAGUAGAAACACACAAUCAAAAAUAUAACCAGUUGCAAACAGAAAAAGACAAUGAAGUCAGUAAUCUGCAAGAUUCAGUGUUCAAACUGAAAGAGGAAAGUAAACUUCUCAGAAAAGCCCACCAAGACGUCCAUUCUCAGCUUUUGGAUGCUCAGUCACAAAUAGAUGAAUUCCGGCAGCUGAAAAAUGCACUCCAGAAGAUGUCCGGUUUCAAAGAAAAUAAAGACAAACAAAUUCCAAGCCAGUUUGCCAGUCAGGAUAAUAAGCAGUUGCAACAUACAAACCCAAAGAUUUUUGCAGGCAGUCACCUUGAAACACUAGCCAAAACUGGGGACCAACAGAAGUAUGCCCAAGGAAAUCCUGCAAGAACAGAGGAUAUUGUAAAUGGUGAUGGUCAAUUACAGGGACAUGCUUCAUUGAGCAAUAUUGAGCGUAAACUGCAGGGAAAUAACCUACUUGGAGAAACAGCUCAAAUACCAGACAGUACUCCCCAUACUGUAUUGCCACUCUGGCAACAGAAAUCUACAGGGAACAGUGACGGCCAUUCACAUGGGUUCACAAGGACAGUUAACAGCCUGCAAAAUGAAAACGUGGUUCAGAACAGUCAAGUAAAAAAAGAAUUCACUGCAGAAGCAUCAGACAGGCUGAGUCAGAAGCCACAACACCCAAUAACAGACAGUCAUACCACAGGCAAAAAAAUGGCAUACCCCCAAAGAUGGGAAGAUGUUGUAAAUAAAGUAAACUCCAGACUUGACAAAGAUAGGGAAAACAUGUCCAAAAACCAGCAGACCGUUAUGUUGGGCAUGAUGCAGAACAAAGAAAUACAUCACAAUGAUCCUCUGUCCUUGUAUCAAGGAAAAAGACUAGGACUUGAAUUCAGCAAACAAAAAAAUGAGAAUAAGGAAGCACUUGAUAAAGAGGAACUUGAAAUGGAUGCUGGGAUGAUCGACAGAGAAGAAAACCCUCCCCAUGGUAAAGAACAUGUGGCCCAGGAGCCAAUGAUGCCUGAUGGAGAUGGCGACCCAGCACAGGAUCCUAACAAUCAAGGAGAAGAUGAAUUUGAGGAAGCCGAACUAGAGAGGCCUGACUUUGAGGAGAGAGCUGCAGGAGCAGACAAGAUUCAAGAAGUCAAUAAAGCACUAAAUGAAGAACUACGUGAAAAAAUGAAGGAUACUGGCAAUACAGACAGAGCUGCAGAAGAGCCUCUGGAUGAAUACCAAGACGACCAAGAUCAGGAAAGUGAGGAUCAUGGAGGAGAGGUAGAUGACAAUGAAGACCCUGAAGUAGCCCAGGAUGAACUGAACAGAGGACAUGUUGAUGUGGCAGGGGCAGGUGGCAAUAAAGAGGAAGACUACUGACUUUGAAGCUGAUGAAAAGAAUAGAGGAGACAAACCCUGAGGACAAUGUGCUUAUAGACUUGUACAUAUGAAAACAGCAGGGUAUGCCCCAUUGAAUAACAGUGAUUAAUCCUGCAGACUGUUUCACAACAAAUUAAAUUCUGAUGAUUGUGUGCUGCCUUUGCUUUUAUUUACUUCUUCUCAAAGUCUUCUGCACACAUCCUGGUAUUUCUUCCUGCAGCAGUUGUUCCAUGAAGCAACAUGCUGCACUGCUGUCAUUUGAAGUUUACUUUUGUUUUAGUAAGCAUAAAUGUCUUUUUAAUUUAGUUUUGAAAUAUGCAGUUCUAUGUGGACUUUCCUUUUGUUCUGAGGCUGCUAUCUCAUUACAUUAUAUGUAGUGGUCCUGCUUGUUCACAAACCAAGAAGAUUAAGUUUGACUCUGUAUGUAUGUGAUUUUUAAGGCAUCAGAUUCAUGUUGGCAUCCGCUUUUGACAGGGUCUGCAGAAUCAAACAGCAAUUGCACAGUGGACAAAGAUCGCUAUAGGAGUGCCUUAUAAACUGCAGAAUACAUCACUUCCCUUACACCCAUCUUUGUGAUUUUGCUACAUUGAACAGAGAAAUGGCAAUGACAUUCCAUGCUGACAGUACAGUUUACAGGUAAAAGAACUACAGUCAACCUGUGACCCAACCUGGUGUCCUCUCAGACUGCAGCACAAAGCCAUUGCAAUAAUUAAUCCAAUGCUUGUUUGAAAUGAAACAGAACUGUAUUUUGUUUUUAAAAUUCUGUUUUUAAUUAUAUUUUGAUCAGUUUUAAUAAUCAUGGUUGACUGUUUCUGGAAGAAACCGAGUCUUGAAUCUUCUGUUCAUGUUGCUGCUAAUAUAGUCACUGGUAUGAAAUUCAAGGCCAAAAUCCCAUUUGAAAUUGUAAAUGGACAAAGUUGUGCAAUGAAUGUUAACCAUUCCUCCCACAACAAGCAUUUGAAUAUAGGUUCCAGUAAUUAUUUGGCGAUUUUUGCAUGAGUGUGACUCUAAUAUUUACAGGGACACAUUAAAAUUGCUGCUGAAGGGUAAUUGGAAAGAAA